CUGUGACAAAGCAUAGAUACGUAUCUACGGAGGAGAUUGAAAGCAGUACAGGAGGCAGGUGGCAGCUGGACUAAGAGCUCUAUUAAACGCCAGAUCCCCUCCUCCAUUGCACACUCUGGGCAUUCUGGCAAUCAAAAGUCGCGCUCUCUGUCGAUGCGGGAGCGACGACAGCUGGACUGCAGUCCCAUACCACGUAGUCAAUCGGGCGCCUCUCCCGUUUCCAUUUCGGGAUCCACAGCCACCGCUGGCGGAAUGGCCUCCCAUCCGCAUGUGAAUCUGCUGCACGCGGCCGAGCCGCAUUACUACAAUGCCCAGGGAGCCGUCUACUACACCAGCUACCACGGCUCCCCGCACGACCUGAGCUACGCCAGCUCCGCGGACGUCUCGCUGAACGCCUCGUGGGUGAACGCCAGCGGGCACAGCCCCCACACGCCCUACUACUCGGCGGCACAGAUCUACAUGCGCCCCAAGGGCGGCAGCACCACGCCCACUCCCAGCUGCAGCGGCAGCACGGGCAGCGGCAGCGGCAGUGGCAGCGGCAGCUGCAAGAAGGUUCCGCCGGAGGUGCCCAAGCGCACCUCUUCGAUCACGGCACAGCAGCAGAGCCAGCUGCUGCUGCUGCAGCGCCAGACACCGCCGCCCCCGUCGCUGCUGCGGACCAACGGGCUCUGCAAGACGGCGGAGAACGGCAGCCUGACCUCCGUCCAGAGUUCCGGCUCAGACUCGAGCGUCACCUCGGCGGAGCGGAACAUGAACAGCGACCUCGGAUCGGACCGCAGCAACUCCCCCCACACGUGGAAGCGUGGCACGGCCCUGAACAGCUCCCAGCAGUUCUCCACGCACUCGGCCGACUCGGUAUCGGUCUCGGUGCCCAGCGGAGGUGGAGGUGGAGCCGUUGUGGUCUCCGGAGCAGCCAUAGCUGCUGCUGGGCCCGGAGCUUAUGCCGCACAGAUGCAGGCGGCCGUGGCAGCGGCCACAGCGGCGGGCGGAGUACCGCCGACGGACGAUCAUGCCGUCUCGUCGCACACCAGCGCCGCGCAGUACGAGCAGCACGAACAGCAGCAGCACGAGCAGCAGCAGCUGCAGGCAGCGGCCUCCGCCGCGGGCGUGGCCCAGAACUACAAGAUGUCGGAGACCAUACGCAAGCGGCAGUACCGCGUGGGCCUCAAUCUGUUCAACAAGAAGCCGGAGAAGGGCAUCACCUAUCUCAUCCGCAGGGGCUUCCUCGAGAACACGCCACAGGGCGUGGCUCGUUUCCUGAUCACGCGCAAGGGCCUCUCCCGCCAGAUGAUCGGCGAGUAUCUGGGCAAUCUGCAGAACCAGUUCAACAUGGCCGUGCUCAGCUGCUUCGCCAUGGAGCUGGACCUGUCCGGCCGCCAGGUGGACGUGGCCCUGCGCAAGUUCCAGGCCUACUUCCGGAUGCCCGGGGAGGCGCAGAAGAUUGAGCGGCUGAUGGAGAUCUUCUCGCAGCGCUACUGCGAGUGCAAUGCGGACAUUGUGGGGCGCCUAAGAUCAUCCGAUACGAUCUUUGUGCUGGCAUUUGCCAUCAUUAUGCUCAAUACGGAUCUGCACACGCCCAAUCUGAAGCCGGAAAGGCGCAUGCGCGUCGAGGACUUCAUCAAGAAUCUGCGAGGCAUCGACGAUUGCCACGACAUUGACAAGGACAUGCUGAGCGGCAUCUAUGAGCGCGUCAAGUCGGACGAGUUCAAGCCGGGCAGCGACCACGUCACCCAGGUGAUGAAGGUGCAGGCCACCAUUGUCGGCAAGAAGCCGAAUCUGGCGCUGCCCCACCGGCGGCUGGUCUGCUAUUGCCGCCUGUACGAGAUACCCGACGUGAACAAGAAGGAGCGGCCGGGCGUCCACCAGCGCGAGGUGUUCCUCUUCAACGACCUGCUGGUCAUCACCAAGAUAUUCAGCAAGAAGAAGACCUCCGUGACGUACACGUUCCGCAACAGCUUCCCGCUCUGCGGCACGGUGGUGACCCUGCUGGACAUGCCCAACUAUCCGUUCUGUAUCCAGCUGUCGCAGAAGGUCGACGGUAAGAUCCUGAUCACCUUCAAUGCCCGCAACGAGCACGACCGCUGCAAGUUUGCCGAGGAUCUCAAGGAGUCCAUCAGCGAGAUGGACGAAAUGGAAUCGCUGCGCAUCGAGGCAGAGCUGGAGCGCCAGAAGUCGGCGCGCAACCGGGCCCCGGGGAACGCAGAGAACCGCGAUAGUAGCGUGGCUGAUGUGGCGGUGUGUCCCUGUGCGUUCCUUUGA